ACAUCGAUUCUGUGUUGUUGUAUUGUGAUUGUCAUUGUUGUUGGUUCGGUCAAGAAAGUGUGAGAUAUGGCACGAAGAAUUCUCGGAGCAUAUAUGGGAGACGCUACAGUAGCGUCUCUUUUUAGUGUAAAGAUGUUAUUCUAUCUAACGAUAAUAGCUUUCUCAAUUACCAUAUUGGCAUUGAUGGGAAAGAGCUCAGAUGGUAUUUGGGUACACAGUGUACCAGCAGCGGAUGAGUAUUGUGCAUACAAGUCAUCGUUGCAAGUGAACCACCACGGCAUUGCUUCUUAUUGCAAAUACAUAGUAGCUGUUGCUGCCAUUGGAUUGGUUAUCAGUUUCUUCGAGUUUUGCUAUGCCUUUUUGGGAAUUUUCUUCAAGUGGCAACAGAAACUAUGGUAUGUCGAAGGUGCUAUCAACCUUUUCUUCUGGGCUUGGUGGUUGGUCGGUGCCAUAGUUGCCACAGCGGCAAGACCUUCUACUGGAAUGCUGAACCUGCACAAUAAUAGAACAGAGGUCAAUGCAGUGGAAGCAUUGCUCUGGGCCAAUAUGUGUCUCUAUUUCUUUAACAUUUUCUUUGCAUUCUUUAUCUACUGGGUUGGAGAAACGGGUGGUUGGAUUCCAACGGUUGCCGACUAUCGUGUCUUGACUUCCAUCGAGAAAGAUCAGAAUUUGUCCAAGAGCGCGGAGAUGCAUCAAGAAGAGUCUGCAUGAGAACGAUAGUUUGUGUAAAGUUGAGUUGUUGAAACGAGUUGUGUCUGUUUUGUUGUAGAUGUCGUUGUUAUUGUGUUUUACGUCUUUGUGAGUGACCGCUCUUUGUAGUGUGAUAAAUCGCCACAAAGAUGAAGGAGUUCAAUAAAACUACGUAUCGUUGAUGAGUGUAUAUAUAUAUAUAUAUAUGUAUGUAUGUUUGAC